AUGGACCUUCUCCCCGCCGAGUCCAGCGUAGUCUCCAGCAACAACGCCGCCGCCCGCAACACCUCCUCCACAGCGCCCGUCAAGGCCGCGAUCAACACUCCCUCCGAAACCCUAACCCCCGCCCCUCCGUCGUACGCCCAAUCCAUCGCCACAUCCCCCACCCCAACCCUCCCCAUCCGUACCAAUCCUGCUCCCGCGGCCCCUCCGCAGAGACCCAUCCUCGCCCACGCCCGCGCCCUCUACAAAUACGUCGCCACCGAUGCGCGCGACGUUUCCUUCGAGCGCGACGACAAGAUCUCCGUGCUGGAGUACAUGAACGCGGACUGGUGGCGGGGCCGCAACGAGCGGACAGGCGAAGAAGGCAUCUUCCCGAGGAAUUAUGUCACUGUGGAGCAGGAGGUCGUCGCUCCUACCGGUAAGGUUGAGUACAACCAGGCGAAUCCGAUGGGCGGGAUUGUCAAUGGCGUGCAGCCCGGAUAUCCAGCGCCGCCGCCGGUGGGCGCAGGGUAUAUCCCCCCGCCGGGGCAGGAGGGUGAGGGGAGUGGGGGGAAUAAGUUGGCUGAGCAGGGGAAGAAGUUUGGGAAGAAGUUGGGGAAUGCGGCGAUUUUUGGCGCGGGCGCGACAAUUGGGAGUAAUAUUGUUAACUCUAUUUUCUGA